AAGGCCUUGUGGUGAGCGGUUGGUUCAGUCCCUCCUGGUUUCGCCUGCUCUCCCCUCAGCAAGGGAGCAUCAGGCAGUAUGACCUCGCACACGUGGAUGCUGGCGUUCUGCUUCUCACUGGCCUCAGUUUUACAGGCAGGUGAAUCAGUGUCAACAGCAGAAACCCGGAAAUACACUUGCAGGACUUUUGGCAGCGGGGUGGUGCAGCCUUUCAACAGUUCGGCUUACCAUGUGCGAUCAAACUGCCCGUUCACCCUCACCCGCUUCACCCACAACCGGGUGGAGUGUGACAUCACCACGCGGCGAGCUGACAGCGGGCUGCUGUCCCAGGUGGAGAUCACCGUCAACAAAAUCAGGACCGUUGUGCAGAGCGGAAGCAUCCUGGUGGAGAAGAAGAGCGUCUCCCUUCCAUACGACCACACCUACCAGCAUAUCUUUCAGUAUGGCACCUACAUUAAACUGAGGAGCUCGCUGCUGCCUCUGUCCGUCACCUGGCACAAUGUCCCUGGAGGUAUAGACACUUUGGGGGUGGAGCUGGAGCAGGAGCUGAGCACAGACAUGACCGGACUGUGUGGAAAACACAAUGUCCCAGGCAACAAGCAGCAGUUGAUUGCAGAGAGCGUGCUCACCGAGGACACGUGUCAAACUCGAGAUCCUGUCUCUGCAGUGAAUCCAUUAUGCAGACUGUUCUUUUCCUACACCUUGGAUUGUCUGCAAGCCCGGAUCCACCAUUACAUCCAACUCUGUGAAGAGAACAUUUACAGCCACGAAAGCAGCGAAUACGUUGGCUGUGCGUUCUUCAACGAAGUUGUCCAGCAGUGUGGAAAUAGCAGCUACAUCUGGAACAUAUGGAGAGAUGUGACCAGAUGUGCUCCGCCGACCUGCACAGGAGACCUGGUUUAUGUGGAGCAUGGUGCCGCCUUUGUCCCCACCUGCUCCAACCCAAUCCCCCGACAAUGCGGCCAGGACUUUACAAGCUCCUGUGUCUGCCCAAAGGGCACGGUGCUCGAUGACGCCGCGGACGGCUUCCGCUGUGUGAAUGUGUCCGACUGCCCCUGCGUGUUUGCCGACGGGAGCUACUCCGCCGGAGACACACGUAGCACCAAGUGUCAGUCGUGUGCGUGUGAUGGUGGGAAGUGGCGUUGCUCUGAAAACUACUGCCCUGCCAGAUGUCUCGUCGAAGGGCAGUUUGUGACGACAUUUGAUGGCAAACAUUAUGUCGUCCCUGGUAAAUGCACAUAUGUGGUGUCGCAGGGUCUCAAUUGGAUAAUAACUGUUCAGUUUGCUGAAAAGGACGUGUCUCUGAAAACGGUUGUCUUGCAGCUUUUUCGGGACAUGUAUACAUUCUCAUUCAACAGUGUUAAAGUGGGAGAGGAGGAGAUUACUGAACUUCACCAGUCUGACCAUGCCCUGGUUUUCUGGCAGUCCUCCAUGUACGUCCAAGUCCAGACGUCCUUUGGUAUGAAGAUCCAAGUCCAGAUGUCUCCUGAAGUUCAGCUCUACAUCACUCCACCCAGAAACCACACUGGCAUAAUCUCGGGUCUUUGUGGCAACAGCAACAAUGACACAACGGACGACUUCACCACCGGCAGCGGGAUCAUUGAGAACUCACCGCAGACUUUUGCCCUGUCCUGGAGUGUCGGGACUUGUGCAGUGAACAUACCCACCAUCUGCAGCAGCACAGACAGCGAAAUAUUCGCUGAUGAAAAGUGUUCGGUGUUGAACAACCCAACUGGGAUAUUUGCCAAGUGUCAUGGUCAUAUCCCUACAGAUCAAUUCCACACCGCUUGUAUCCAGAGAACUUGUAACUGUGGCAGCAAUCUGCAGCAUUGUUUGUGUGUCGCUCUGGGCAGCUACGCCAAAGCCUGCGCCGUUCUGGGUGUUGCAGUCGGUGACUGGAGGGAAGCGACCAACUGCACUCUGAAAUGUCAAAGGAACCAAGGAUUCUCCGACGACGUGCGGGCCUGCAACCGCACAUGCCGCUCCCUGUCCGGCCCUGACCCCCGCUGCUGGGUGGACGACGCUCCUGUGGAGGGCUGUGGCUGUCCCGAAGGAACCCACCUGAACCAGGGACAUGUCUGCACCCCAAAGGCAGAGUGUGUAUGUCACCACUAUGGCAGUACAACGCCGCCGGGGCCUGUUGUCAUCGAUGGGCGACAGUGCCUCUGCGAGAAUGGAGAACUGCACUGUUCCAAGGACUGUGGUUGUAGAAAUGGGAAGGUUUGUGUUCACUGCUCAGAGUAUCUGGUUAACACAACUCGAAAAACCUGUGACAGUCUCAGCAAACCGCUGGCUGCCAGUGUGACCUGUGUGAGUGGCUGUCACUGCCCACAUGACCAGUACGAGGAUCACCGUGGAAACUGUGUUUCCCUGGACAGCUGCACCUGUGUGUACAGCGGCAAAAUGUUCAGCGCGGGGCAGCGCGUUAAAACCAACUGUAAAACAUGUAUCUGUGAUCAAGGUCAGUGGCACUGCGAAGACCAGCCAUGUCCCGGGAUGUGUCAAGUGUACGGAAAUGGACACUACCAGACCUUUGACUCUAAGUGGUACCGCUUUAAUGGACACUGUCAGUACACACUCGUAGAGGAUUACUGCGGCAAUAAAAAUGGCUCCUUCUCUGUCAGAGUGGAGAGCGUCCCCUGCUGUGAUGAGGCACUGACCUGCUCUCGCUCCAUCGUCCUGGAUCUGCAGGGCACAGUCACCCUGACACUGAGUGACAUGACGGUGACCAGACGUCUCCAAAAUGGCUGGACUCUGCAAGAAGAUUCACUUUACACCACGCACACUGUGGGCCUCUACAUCAUAAUCACAGUGCCGAGCAGAGGGAUAACUCUCAUCUGGGACAAACACACCAGGGUCACCAUCGAGCUGCAUCCAAACUGGAGGAACAGAGUGUGUGGCCUUUGUGGGAAUUUUGACUCCAGUGAAAUGAAUGACCUACAGAUGAGUGGCUCAGCGGCGGUGUCUAGUCCACUGGCCUUUGGCAACAGCUGGAAGGCCGCCUCACCUCCAUGUUCAGAUGUGACCACUGAGAUAUUUCCGUGUGAACGCAACUCCUACUGCUCAGCCUGGGCCCAGCGGCGCUGUAUGAUCAUAACAUCGGACGCCUUCAAAGAUUGCCACUUAAAAGUGGACCCAGAGCCCUACUACCACGCCUGUGUGCAGGAGUCCUGCUCCUGUGAGUUUGAAGGGAAGUUUCUGGGCUUCUGCACAGCUGUGGCAGCCUACGCGGAGGCCUGCAGCGACCAGGACGUGUGUGUCAAAUGGAGAACGCCUGAUUUGUGUCCGGUCUACUGUGACUACUACAACGAUCAGGGCCAGUGUACCUGGCACUAUGAAGCCUGUGGCGAGAUGCUCACCUGUCGCAAAGGCCACUUUUUCUCUCACAAACUGGAAGGCUGCUACCCCAGAUGUCCAAAAGAUGCACCAUACUAUGACGAAAAUACUCAAGAAUGCACUACAUUGAGGAACUGUUCCUGUAAUUUCAAUGACACUAUUAUUCAGCCUGGGGCAGUGGUGAAAAUACAGUCUAAUAACUGCCCCUGUGAAAAUGGAACAAUUAACUGCCCUCCUCCACCUACGACUACACCUCCCAUCACCCCUACAUCACGCAUUCCCAUUACAACAGCCUCAACCUCCUCAAAAGGAACUGGGCCUUCUGCUACACCGACGACUACAUCUGCUUUAACUACGGCUGAAACAUGGUCAACAAAGCCUUCAACCACCCCAACACCACUGACGACCAUUACCAAUGUCUCAACUACCACUGAAACGUGGACAACAAUGCCUUCAACCACCCCAACACCACUGACGACCAUUACCAAUGACUCAACUACCAGGGAAGUAUGGACAACAACGCCUUCCACUACUUCUACACCAACAACUACAUCUCCCACUACUACCACUGAAACGUGGACAACACCUACCAUUUCUUCUACACCAACGACUACAACUGCCAGAACUACGACUGAAGCAUGGACAACACUGUCUUCAACCACCCCAACACCACUGACGACCAUUACCAAUGUCUCAACUACUACUGAAGUAUGGACAACACCUUCCACUACUUCUACACCAACAACUACAACUCCCACUACUACCACUGAAACAUGGACAACAACACCUUCCACUACUUCUACACCAACGACUACAACUGCCACAACUACCACUGAAACAUGGACAACAAUGCCUUCAACCACCCGAACACCACUGACGACCAUUACCAAUGACUCAACUACCAGGGAAGUAUGGACAACAACGCCUUCCACUACUUCUACACCAACAACUACAACUCCCACUACUACCACUGAAACGUGGACAACACCUUCCAUUACUUCUAGACCAACGACUACAACUGCCAGAACUACGACUGAAGCAUGGACAACACUGUCUUCAACCACCCCAACACCACUGACGACCAUUACCAAUGUCUCAACUACCACUGAAGUAUGGACAACACCUUCCACUACUUCUACACCAACAACUACAACUCCCACUACUACCACUGAAACGUGGACAACAACACCUUCCACUACUUCUACACCAACGACUACAACUGCCACAACUACCACUGAAACGUGGACAACAAUGCCUUCAACCACCCCAACACCACUAACGACCAUUACCAAUGACUCAACUACGAGGGAAGUAUGGACAACAAUGCCUUCCACUACUUCUACACCAACAACUACAACUCCCACUACUACCACUGAAACGUGGACAACACCUUCCAUUACUUCUACACCAACUACUACAACUGCCAGAACUACGACUGAAGCAUGGACAACACUGUCUUCAACCACCCCAACACCACUGACGACCAUUACCAAUGUCUCAACUACCACUGAAGUAUGGACAACACCUUCCACUACUUCUACACCAACAACUACAACUCCCACUACUACCACUGAAACGUGGACAACAACACCUUCCACUACUUCUACACCAACGACUACAACUGCCACAACUACCACUGAAACGUGGACAACAAUGCCUUCAACCACCCCAACACCACUAACGACCAUUACCAAUGACUCAACUACGAGGGAAGUAUGGACAACAAUGCCUUCCACUACUUCUACACCAACAACUACAACUCCCACUACUACCACUGAAACGUGGACAACACCUUCCAUUACUUCUACACCAACUACUACAACUGCCAGAACUACGACUGAAGCAUGGACAACACUGUCUUCAACCACCCCAACACCACUGACGACCAUUACCAAUGUCUCAACUACCACUGAAGUAUGGACAACACCUUCCACUACUUCUACACCAACAACUACAACUCCCACUACUACCACUGAAACAUGGACAACAACACCUUCCACUACUUCUACAUCUGGAGCGGCAGCUACAACCACGACUAAUACAGUGACAGAGGAAACAACUGUUGUGUGCAAGCCGUGUAGAGACCUGAAGAGGAAAAAAACAUGGGCUUGCGGCGAGAUGUGGAUAGAGGACUGUUUCCAUAUGACGUGUACAAAUGGGAAGAUAGAGUUGACCCCGGUGGAUUGUCCAGAGCCGAUAGUUCCCGUCUGUCCCAGAGAUCAAGUCACAAAAGUCUCAGAUGGCUGCUGUGAAACAUGGAAAUGUGACUGUCGCUGCGAGCUAUAUGGGGACCCCCACUACAUCUCUUUCGAAGGUGUACCCUUUGAUUUUCUGGACCAAUGCACGUACAUCCUGGUGGAGGAGCAGUCACCACAACAUAAUCUGUCCAUUGCUGUAGACAACUUCUACUGUGUGCAGGGCCUCCACGGAUCCUGUGCCAAAGGCAUCAUCCUCAUAUAUCAGGACAAUAUCGCUACACUUGGUAUCGUCCCAAAUGUUAUGGCAGUACAGGCCACCCUGAACAAUGUGACCAUACAGCCGCCGUACGAGGAGCACGGUUUGAGGUUUGAGACCACAGGGUACAUGGUGUCAAUCUAUCUCCCAGAGGUCCGCUCUUAUGUUUCCCUCAGUCCAUCUUAUACCCUGGUGAUCAAUCUGGCCAUGGAACAUUUCCUCAACAACACCCAGGGACAAUGUGGUGUAUGUGGAGGCGGAUCAUGUAUCCGUCGAGGAGGGCAGAUCGAGGACGACAGCUGCUGUGAUAAGACGGCCUACGACUGGGUGUUGGCCGACCCUCUGAAGUCAUCCUGUGUUUCUCCACCGAGGGACGUACCCUGUCAUCCCGGGCCAACUCCAGCACCCACUAACACGCCCAUAUCCACCACCACCUGCCCUGUGAGCCCACUAUGUGGGCUGCUAGACGACCCAGUCUUUUCGAUCUGCAAGGAGUAUGUGAAUCUGCACCUUAAAAAGAAGAACUGUGAGUUUGAUUCAUGCGGGAACUCAGGCGGUCCUUGCUCUUCUCUCGAGCAAGCUGCCGAGGAAUGCAAGAAUGCCGGUAUCUGCAUUGAGUGGAGAAAACUGACAAAUGGAAUCUGUGAUGUGCAAUGUGCAAAGGGAUUGGUUUACAGUGAAUGUCACGACAAGCUGGAUGACUUCUGCUAUGGAGGAGUGCGACAUUCAGGGGCCUCGCUGGAAAAAAACAGUACAGGUUGUUUCUGUCCCCGCGACCAGUUUAGAGCAGGAAACCACUCCACCGACUGUGUGUCUGACUGUCCCUAUUGUAAAGGACCCCUUGGAGAGCCCAGACUGCCUGGUGAGGUGUGGCAGUCGGCCUGUCACCUGUGUACGUGUAACAACCAGACUCGGACAGAGGAGUGUUUUCGGAAACCUAAGUCAGCUCCUCUCUGUGGCUCUAAUGCAGUUUUGGUGAACACCUCUUGCUGUGGGGAUCAGAUUUGUGUCGAGAAGACUUGCAGUUAUGAUGAAAAGACAUACAAGGUGGGAGACACGUGGAAAAAUUCCACCCAUCCCUGUGUCUUGUUCAGCUGCAGCAUAGAGGGCAUUGAGACAGAGACCAAAGUCUGUCCUCGGGAAAACUGUUCUGAGGGGGACGGGGUUUGGGACGACGAGCACUGCUGCUUUACAUGUAAUCAGAGCUGCGCUCCCGAGGUGUCCAGCUUCAACAUCACCGUAGACAACUGUACCACGGUCAUAGAGAUGCCUGUGUGCCAGGGCCAGUGUGUGUCUCAGCCCAGGGUGGUGAUACGCGGCGACCUGCAGGUGGAGCAUGAGAGCAGAUGCUGUCAGGAGCGGAGCUCAGAGAGGAGAUCAGUGACCCUGCAGUGCUCCGACCUUACCACCAGACAAUACGCCUACAGGCAUAUCACCAGAUGUGAGUUUCAAGCCUGCAACAUACUGCGCUGAGACACAGACGAUUCUGUAAUGUACCCAUUCGAUUUCAAAAAUCAAAAUGUAUGUAUUCCAACUCAAUAGAUAAUUAAUUGAACUUUUUUUUUUCAAACAAUUGCUGAAUCUGUUUUUUAAUCAAAUAAAAAGAAUCCUACACUUA